GCCAAGUCUGCAAGCGCGCGCUGCAACGCGCUGCGACUCUUGACGCAUCGAGCGCAUCGAUAGCAUCGUUCAAAUGGCGUUCUCCUUCGGCAGCACACCAGCCGCGGCGCCUGCCUUCGGCGCUACACCCGCCGCGGCCCCUGCGGGCGGCCUAUUUGGUGCGCCAGCCGCCGCGCCCGCCGCCGGAGGCUUUUCUUUCGGCGCACCCAAGCCAGCCGGCUCAGGGCUGUUCGGCGCUGCGCCGGCCCCGGCGCCCGCGGGCGGUCUGUUUGGCGCGACGCCCGCGCCCGCACCCGGCGGCCUAUUCGGCGCAAAACCUGCGUUCGGCGCGACGCCGGCACCCGCUGGAGGCCUCUUCGGGGCGAAACCCGCGUUCGGCGCGCCGGCGCCCGCGGGCGGCCUCUUCGGCAGCACAACGACCACGGGCUUCGGAGCACCACAACAAUCACAGAUGCCCCCCGGGAGCCUGACGGCGCCGACCGAGGCGCGGCCACAGGGUUUAGGUGUGGACCGCGCGGCGUUCGAUCUGAGGGCGGCCAUCGCCGAGUACACGGCCCAGGGCCAGCCGAACCCCGACGCGCAGCUCGCGACGCUCUGCUACGAUGUCGCCGCCUCCCAACAAGCGGCGCAAUUGCUCCAGAGGCAGCGGCCCGCGUCCGUGCCUCCAGAAAGAUGGGCCAAGUUCUCGCUGCACAACCCGGACCCCGACCGCUGCGUGCCCCAGCCCGUGGUGGGCUUUCAAGCUUUGGCGACGCGCGUCGAGCGAGCCCAACAAGCCCUGGCCAAGAACGAGGAGCUCGCGCGGCAGGUACGGGCGAAGGCGGAGGUUUUACUAAGGGCGGCGCGGCUGUCCGACGGUGUUGCGGAUGAAUUGAGAGCUCGAAACGCUACUCUACAACUGCGGCUAUUACGUGUCGCGAAGAAGGCCGAGGUCGCGCGGCGCGAGAACAUCCCCGUGCAUCCGGAGGAGCGGCGGCUCGCGGCGCGGCUGCGCAAACUGGAACACGACGCGCUCGCGCCGCGCGCGGCACUCGACGCGCUGUCGCGGGAGGCGUCGCGCGGCGCGCCGGCGGCGCGCGCGCCGGCGCUCCCGGCCGAGGACCGGGCGCGCCUCGAGGCCGCGCUCGAGGCGCAGCACGCGGGCCUCGCGAAGCUGCUGGACGUGGCUAGGGUGGAUGCCCGCGACGUGGGCAUCAUGGCGAAGCUCCGCGAGAAGUCGGCGGCGCCCCGGCCUUAG